UCCACCAAAGUUAUUCUGUUCUCUAGGCAAAGCUCUCCUCAACUGGUAAAACUCUCUACUCUCCUCAAGAACGAUUUCUACAUUCGCCAAAUUCAGAAUCCAAACGUAUGAUUCUCUCUAAGCUAUUCAACGCCAAACCAUUUUCUUCUCUCUCUUCUUCUUACCUGUUUCAGCUCAGAACUCCUUCCCUCCAAACUCUCCUAAAGAGUGGUUUCAGCCCAAUCCUCAAAGACUUCGAACAAUUUCUCCUCUUCCUCUCUCAAAGCAACAGAUUCAAUUCGAUUAUCCAAUUCGUUUCUCAGAUGAACUCGAACCAUAUCGAAGGUUCUUCUCGUACACAUUCAAUCUUCGCAUGGGCUUUACUGGAAGAGCACAAAUAUGAAGAAGCAAAGCAGUUUAUGGAGACCCAGAAGGCGAAGACUGCGAUACAUCGACAAACUCGUAUCUGGGAUUCUCUAAUUCAAGGCAUUUGUAUGAACCAGAAGGACCCGGAAAAGGCGCUUUUGGUAUUACGGGAUUGCUUGAGAAUUGAUGGUAUAUUACCUUCUUCUUUUACUUUUUGUUCAUUAAUUCAUAGUUUUAGCUCUCUGGGAAUGAUGGAUAGAGCAAUUGAAGUGUUGGAGUUGAUGAAUGAUGAGAAAAUCAAGUACCCAUUUGAUAAUUUUGUUUGCAGUUCUGUAAUUUCUGGGUUUUGUAAGAUUGGGAAACCUGAACUUGCAAUCGGGUUUUAUGAGAACGCUAGAAAUUCAGCUGUUUUGCAGCCUAAUGUUGUGACCUAUACUGCACUUGUGAGUGCUUAUUGUAGAUUGGGUAGAAUUGAGGAAGUUUGUAAUUUGGUUUCUAGGAUCGAGAAAGAAGGAUUAGCACCUGAUGUUGUAUUUUAUAGUAGUUGGAUCUAUGAGCUUUUCACGGAAGGAAAUAUUGGGGAGGCAUUUCGAAAGCAUAGAGAGAUGAUGAUGAAAAAAAUAGACAUGGAUACGAUUAGCUAUAGUAUACUUAUAGAUGGGUUUUCAAAGGAAGGAAAUGUGGAGAAGGCAGUCGGGUUUCUGAAUAAGAUGAAAAUGGACAAAUUAGAACCCAAUUUGAUCACUUAUACUGCGAUUGUGUUGGGAUUUUGUAAGAAAGGGAAAUUGGAGGCGGCAUUUUCACUGGUCAAGAUGGUUGAUGAACUGGGUAUAAAAAUCGAUGAAUUUAUGUAUGCAACGUUAAUUGCUGGGGUUUGCCGGAGAGGUGAUUUUGAUCUUGUCUUUAAUCUACUCAGUGACAUGGAAAAUAAGGGUAUUAGUCCAAGCAUUGUUACAUACAAUACUGUGAUUGAUGGAUUGUGUAAAGCUGGGAGGACGUCAGAGGCGGAUGAAAUCUCCAAGGGCAUACUUUGUGAUGCAGUUACAUACAGUACAUUGUUACAUGGAUACAUUGAAGAAGAGAAUAGUGUGCGGAUAUUAGAAACAAAGAGAAGAUUGGAAGAAGCAGGAGUUUGUCUGGAUGUUGUUAUGUGCAACGUACUCAUCAAAGCAUUAUUUAUGGUAGGAUCAUCUGAGGAUGCUCUUGAGAUAUUCAGGGAAAUGCCAGAAUUGAACUUGGCUCCAGAUUCUGUUACCUAUUGCACAAUGAUUGAUGGAUUCUGUAAGCUUGGUAGAAUAGAUCAGGCACUUGAGAUAUUUGACGAGUUUAGGAGGACAACAAUUUCUUCAGUUGCAUGUUACAAUUGUAUUAUUCAUGGACUCUGCAGGAAGGGUAUGGUAGGUGUGGCCAUUGAAGUGUUUAUAGAACUCAAUGAGAGAGCUUUGGCUUCAGAUGUGGGUAUGCAUAUGUUGUUGUUCAAGUCUAUUUUUGAAGAAAAUGGUGCAGAAGGUAUCCUGGAAUUACUUUGCAAAAUUGAGAAUUUGGGGCAUGAUAUGUUUGGUGUUAUAUGUAAUGAUGCUAUUUGUUUCCUGUGCAAGAGGGGUUUUUCUGAGGCAACCUGUGAAGUUUACAUGAUUAUGAGAAGGACAGGUUCAGCUGUGACAAACAAGUCUUACUAUUCAAUCUUGAAAGUACUUGAUGGUGAUGGCAAAAAUUGGCUGAUUCAACCUUUUUUGAAUACUUUGGUGAAAGUUUUUGGCAUAGUUGAACCUAGAGUGAGCAAAAUACUAAUAAAUUACCUGUGUAUGAAGGAUGUGAACAGUGCCCUAAAGUUUCUUGACAAGAUGAAGGAGAACAAAUUGACAGUCACUUUCCCUGUUACAGUUAUUGAGACACUUAUGAAGGAUGGUAGAGUUUUAGAUGCAUAUAAACUUAUCAUGGGAGCCAAAGAUAAUCUACCCUUAAUGAAUGUGGUUGAUUACUCAAUCGUAGUUGACGGUCUUUGCAAGGCAGGACAUGUUGAUAAGGCCUUAGAUCUCUGUGCUUUUGUUAAAAUGAAGGGGAUCACCCUUAGCAUUGUCACUUACAAUUCAGUUAUACAUGGGUUGUGCUGCCAAGGAUGUUUGGUUGAAGCACUUAGGCUAUUUGAUUCAUUGGAGAAAAUUGAUAGGCCUCCUUCUGAAAUUACAUAUGCUAUACUCAUUGAUGCUCGAUCAAAAGAAGGGUAUUUGGUAGAUGCCAAGAAUUUGUUUGAGAUGAUGGUCCUCAAGGGCUUUAAGCCAAAUACACGGGUUUUCAACUCAUUGAUUGAUGGGUAUUGCAAGUUUGGUCAAAUGAAGGAAGUCUUGAAGCUUCUCCUUGAUUUGGAGGUAAGAUGCCUUAAGCCCGAUGAAUUCACUGUUAGUGCUGUGAUUAAUGGCUGUUGCCAAAAUGGUGACAUGGAGCAGGCUCUUGGAUUUUUUUUUGAAUAUAAAAGGAAAGGGUUUCUGCCUGAUUUCUUGGGCUUCAUGUAUUUGCUAAGAGGCCUAUAUACCAAGGGAAGGAUGGAAGAGUGCCGGAGCAUCUUAAGGGAGAUGCUACAGACCCAAUCUGUUGUGGAUCUGCUUAACAGGGCUGACAUUGAGGUCAAGACAGAGUCCAUAGAAAGUUUCCUUAUCCUUUUAUGUGAACAAGGAAGUAUCCAAGAAGCCAUUACCAUCCUCAAUGAAGUUGGAUCUAUGUUUUUUCCUGUUAAGAGGAGGUCUGGUGCUUAUAAUGGAUCACAAAAAAUAACCGAGCGUUCUGACAAGAGAGUUCUUGGUACAGUUGAAUCCAAGUCUUCGAUCUCUACUUUUGAAACUGAUAUAGAUUUUGAAUCAUGCAACAUGGAGAAAUUAGAGAAGGUGGGAAAUCUAGAAAAAAUAUCUCAAUCACAUGAUUUUGAUUCUUAUCAUGCCUUAAUUGCUUCACUCUGUUCAAGAGGGGAGCUAGGGAAGGCUAAUAAACUGGUGAGAAUGCUUUAUAAUUUUGAUAGUGGUGGUUAAUAAACCUACAAUUAACCAGCUUCUGUAGCUACAGUUGGAGCUCCCUUUCCUAUCAGUGCAGGACAAGAAACCAUGCGGGAACCAUCACAGGCGUGUGAUAUGCUGUCGUUCAGAUGGGAGUUGUUUCUGCUUGAGCCCUGACACUGUUGACAGUUGUCUUCUAUGUAUGUGCCUCAGAGUCUACAAGAUGCAAUUUUGGAUCCCGGGUUGGAUGAAGCCAUGUUUGAAGAAAGGAAAACUCUUCAGAAAUGCAAAAAGAGGAUGCUUGUUGAUUUACUUAGAGGGAAGAAAAUGGUUGGAUGCAAGUGAGUGCUUACUGUGAAGCACAAGGCAGAUGGCUCCGCUGAUUGUGAAGUCAGAUUGGUUGCCAAAGGUUUCACUCAGAAAUAUGGGAUCAAUUGUUGGCAAAUUUUUAGGCCUGUGGCACUCAUGAAUUCAAUUCUUGUGCUCCUCUAUUCUAUAGCAAAUUUUUGAUGGCCUCUCUAACAAUUGGAUGUGAAAAACUGCCUUAUGUGGAUAUGGAGGGGGCUAGCCCAGUUCACUAGGCUUCCGCCAUGUGGAUUUAGAGUAGGAAUACAAAAUUGCCCUCCUUGGACUCUCAUUUUUUACAGCCAAUGAAAAUGUCUGCAGGUUGAAAGAAUUUCCAAGAGCCUGGUUUUAGGUAUUUCCAAAGCUGCGCAGAUAUAUGGCUGUAAGCAAAGACAAGGUGAAUAGGCGAUCAGACCUUGGUCGUCAAACGCUCUUCUUGUGGUGAAGUAAUAGAUAGUAACUGAAGCAAAGGUGAUCAUGCGAAUACUUUUUAUGUGUUGUGUGUAUAUAUCAUUGGUAUUGUUGAAUCACGGGUGGUUGUGUAAAGAAACAAAUGAAACCAUCCUUUAUAUUAAAUGUGUGAGUGCUGUAAUUGUUCUUGUUGCCUUCAGAAGCCACUCUUGCCAAAAGCAUUGUGAACAAGCAGUGAAAUGGAGCUCGGGAAACACGUAGAGCUAAUUCUAUGGCACUCAUGCAGAUUGAAAAGGAUAUUUCUACUUGCAUGUUCCUCUUCCCGACUGUGAAGACAAAUUAUGUGGUUAUCUUCAGCUGUGAUUGGUGGGAGAACAUAAUGACACAUGACCUUGUUGUUCCUUAAAGCUGCCUUGGUGGUAUUUUAGGUGCUUUCCCUCGAUACUCUUUCUUUGUUUGGCUUGAUAUUAAAGGGAGAGUGAACACCCAAGAGAAACUGAUUUCCUUUGACUAAGUCAAGACCUUGAGUUUUCUUCUGCAGAGAAGAAGUUGAGGAUACCCAGCAUCACCUUUUUUCCUUUUUUUUUUUUUUUUUUUUUCUCUCUCUCAUUUGGCCAUCUGCCGACGUCAUGAUUAUCUGGGCAGCUUUAGAGUAUACAGAUAUUUUUCUCUCCCCCAUAGAUCCCAUCUAUCCAUUUAAAUAGAUGGACUCAAAGGGAGUGAAGACUUCCUGCUUCAUUUUUCUUGAUUAGAUGCUCUUUUUAUUUAUUUAUUUUUAUUUUUAGCUUA